GAUGUAACUGUAGUAGACUAGGCCUAAUUAGAGUCCCGGAUUAUUUACCUGUUUCUGUUAUGUUUCUUGACCUUUCAUUCAAUCAAAUUUUAACCAUUGUUAACUGCUCCUUCUGUAACUAUACAGACUUGACCGAGUUGAAUUUAUCCAACAAUAUUAUUGACCUGUUAACGAUUGAAACGUUCAGUCGACUCUUUAAAUUAAAACGUUUGAACCUCGCUGGAAAUAACUUAAAUUAUGUCAUGAGCACAUUUCCAGAAGGCGUCUUCUCGGAUUUGAUCUCUCUUACAACACUCUACUUGCACUACAACGCUAAAGAUUGUGAAUCUUCGUGUAGCUACCCGGACUCCACACUCUCAGAACUAACUCAGCUAGAAACUCUCAGCUUGGACGGGAUAAGUCCAUUUAUUUUAGGUCCCAAAUUUAAAGACCUAAUCAACUUAAGAAAUUUAACGUUCUCAAUGGAAAUUUGUAAUAUUGACGCCCUGAUUAUUCAACAUGUUUAAACGUGGGACAAAUCACAGCUUUAAACCUAACAAAUUGUAACAUUCUUGGACUUAAAGUCAGCAACAACACUUUCACGCCUUUAGUUCAUCUGAACAGUCUGGACGUGAGCAACAACAACAAGCUACGUGUUAAACAUCUCUUUCGAGUUCUGCGAAGUAUUCAGACGUACAACAUAACCGAGCUGAAGUUCAACUAUGUCGAGCCUUUCUAUUCCACCUCAAUCAUUAUUGAUGACACAAUACUUGAAGGAUUACCACGCUCGUUAAAAAUUCUAGAAGGCAAGGGAAACCAUCCGAGAUGGUCUUUUACAAAAGUUUCCUACAAAUCUCACGUACGUCGAUCUAGAGAACAAUAACUUUUUCUUUGGUGCUUAUUUGAGAGAUUUACAUUGUCUUGAGAAUCUAGAGGUUUUAAAACUAAGCAAGCGCUACGAGAAUGGAGAUGUUGCUUCACGCUCGGGGAAUGAUUUGUCUAAAUUUCAAGUUGUCAACGAUUGUAGUCGAACAUUGCCGUUGCCUUGCUUUAUGUUCCCGCCUAAACUGAAAUAUCUAUACAUGGGGGGAGGACAUUUAAAAGGAUCAAUCAGGAAUCUUUUCUUUAGUCCAAAUAAUUCUUUGAUUGGGAUAAAACUAGUCAAUAAUUACUUUCCAUCAUUAAUUGGUCCAGUUUAUGGCCUAGAUAAUUUGGUUUACUUAAGUCUAAAAUAUUGUUCCAUAAUGAACAUUAAUGAGACAUUUUUCAACCAGUUUACAAGUCUUACAAAACUGAUGCUGGGCUACAACAAGCUUGAACCCUAUUUCAGACUUAUGGAGUCGAACAUCAGACCUUUCAGUAAACUGAAUAAGCUGCAGACGCUCGACCUGUCUGGCAAUGCCAUAACGAAGAUGCAUGCAGACAUCUUUGCUGGUCUCACGAACUUGAGGAUUCUCUACUUCGAGAUGAACUCGAUGUGGAUCUUCCACCUGAACAUCGGCCACAUGAUGAAUCUUCAAUACGUUCACAUGAGGAAUUCCCAAAUCAGCAGCUUCUCCUUGGAGGUUCGUCAACACAUCGACGUUUUAUGCAGCAACAAGAGCCGCGUUGUCGCAAAACCCAAUUCGCUGCGACUGCGACAACUACGAUUUCAUUCAAUGGAUGUUGAGCUCGCGGGCAUUCGACCCAACGCCGAAGUCAUCGCUUUCACUUCUCUAUUUCGCUGGAAAUUGCGUUACAUCUACUACGCGACCUACCUCAAGUUAAAACAUAGCGAGCAAGAACACGAUGGCCAGUUGCGGUAUGAUGUCUUUAUUAGCUUUGCUCACCAGGAUGAAGAGUUUAUUUUAAAAGAUGUAUACCCAGAACUGAGAAGCAGAGGGUUAAAUGUACACGUCCACGGCAGAGACUUUGUGGCCGCGUCCAUGGCAGAGACUUUGUGGCCGGUGAGUUCAUCCCCAGAACUGAGCAGCAGAGGGUUAAAUGUACACGUCCACGGCAGAGACUUUGUGGCCGGUGAGUUCAUGGCCUCUAACAUAGUGACGGCUGUGAGAGAAAGCAGGAAGACGUUGGUAGUACUCACGCUGGACCUUUUGAAGAGUAAAUGGUGUAACUACGAGAUACAGAUGGCCAAUAUGGAGUCUGUCCACACAGGGCGUCAAGUUCUCGUGUUCCUUCUAAAAGAUUCCCUCAACAACAAACAACUGGGAACUGAACUCUUGUUCCACAUACGUAACAACACCUACGUAGUCUACCCACAGAAUGGCACGAAAGGAUCAAGAAACGAGCUGUCAGUGUUCUGGGACAAACUUUACAAAGAUCUUCGAACCUAAAACAUUUCGUUGAUGCCCUUUCUUUUCGGUUUUAUAUCAGCGCAUUAUGUUUUUGUUCUUAAUUCAAUGUGAGUCAAACAAUAGUCGUCGAAAUAGAAUGAUGUGUUUAUUAGCGGCCUCCGAAAGGGGAAAAGACGCUAUUAGUUUUGUGCGAAAUGUCUGUCCGUCUGUCCGUCUGUCCGUCCGUCCCGUUUAGAUCUCGUAAACUAGAAAAGAUAUUAAAAAUACGACAUCACAAUAUUUUAGACCAUUCAAAGUUCUGAUGCA